AAGUUCGCAUGUACAUGCCGGACUCACAAACUUGUAUUUUCCGGUUUUAUGAUGCUCAGAUCAAGCAGGAUUCGGUCCCUGUCAUCUGUUAUUAUACCCGCGACCUCCAGGCUGCUCAGUGGAGCCACCUUUAAACAGAGCCCUGUUUGUGUAAGACUGGUGUGUGGACACACACCGACACACACUGACAGCUGCCGUAGACUUCUACACUGCACUGCGUCCCAGGACAGCUUCAGGACUUGUGGAGCAGCUCCUUUCAGUAUGGCAUCCGGGAGCAACGGACGAGAGAGUUUACGCCAACCGAAACACACAAAUCGCCUGAACAAUGAGAAAUCUCCGUACCUACAGCAGCAUGCCCACAACCCUGUGGACUGGUAUCCUUGGUGUCAAGAAGCCUUCAGCAAAGCAAAAAGUGAAGACAAACCCAUUUUUCUUUCAGUGGGCUACUCGACUUGUCACUGGUGUCACGUCAUGGAGAGAGAGUCAUUUGAGGAUGAGGAGAUUGGCAAGAUUCUCAGUGACAAUUUUGUGUGUAUAAAGGUUGACAGGGAAGAGAGACCUGAUGUUGACAAAGUCUACAUGACAUUUAUUCAGGCGACUAGUGGAGGUGGUGGCUGGCCAAUGAGUGUUUGGCUUACUCCAGAUUUAAAACCAUUUAUCGGGGGUACUUACUUCCCUCCAAGAGACCUGGGGAGGAGACCUGGAUUUAAAACUGUGCUUUUGCGUAUUAUGGAGCAGUGGCAGGAUAACAGAGAAGCGCUCGAGUCCGGUGGGGAACGGGUGAUGGACGCUCUGCGGAAGGCCACAGUCAUUUCAGCUCACUCAGAACAAACUCUCCCGCCAGUUCUAGAUGUGGCUCACAGAUGUUUCCAACAGCUGGCUCACUCAUACGAGGAGGAGUAUGGAGGAUUCAGUGAUACACCAAAGUUCCCCACACCAGUGAACCUGAUGUUCCUGUUGUCAUACUGGUCUGUAAAUCGUGCCUCCUCGGAGGGAGCAGAGGCGCUGCGGAUGACUCUCCACACCCUUCGAAUGAUGGCUUUAGGAGGAAUUCAUGACCAUGUGGCUCAGGGUUUUCACAGGUACUCUACGGACUCAUCCUGGCACGUACCUCACUUUGAGAAGAUGCUGUAUGAUCAGGCCCAGCUGGCAGUGGCCUACAUCAAUGCAUAUCAGGUGUCUGGCGAGCGCUUAUUUGCAGAUGUGUCCCGUGAUGUGUUGCACUACGUCUCCAGAGACCUUAGCCACCAGUCUGGUGGCUUCUACAGUGCUGAGGAUGCAGACUCUCUGCCCACGACUGAGUCGAGCAAGAAGAGGGAGGGAGCAUUCUGUGUGUGGACAGCUGCGGAGAUCAGGGAACUGCUCUCCAACACUGUGGAGGAGGCCACUGGGGGUGUAACACAAGCUGACAUCUUUAUGCAUCAUUACGGUGUUAAAGAGCAAGGCAAUGUACAGCCAGAUCAGGAUCCUCAUGGAGAGCUGCAAGGUCAGAAUGUGCUGAUUGUGCGUUAUUCUGUGGAGCUCACUGCUGCGCACUUUGGCCUGAGUGUGAACAAGCUGACUGAAGUGCUGGCCAGUGCCAAGGCCAAACUGGCCGACGUGCGCAGAUCACGGCCUCCACCUCACCUGGACACUAAAAUGCUUUCCUCCUGGAAUGGGCUGAUGCUGUCAGGUUUUGCCCGUGUGGGGGCAGUAUUAGGAGACAAGACUCUACUUCAGAGAGCAGAACAGACUGCACGCUUUCUCCGAAAGCACCUGUGGGAUGAAGAGAGACAGCAAAUGAUGCACUCGUGUUACCAAGGGGAAAACAUGGAGGUUGAGCAAAUUGCCUCACCUAUUGCUGGGUUCCUGGAUGAUUAUGCUUUUGUUGUGAGUGGUCUCCUGGACUUGUUUGAAGCUACACACACUGUUUGCUGGCUUCAGUGGGCUGAGGAGCUACAGCACAGGCAGGACCAGCUGUUCUGGGAUGCCCAGGGAAGUGGCUACUUUUGUAGUGACCCUUCCGACCCUACCAUACUGCUGUCCCUCAAACAAGAUCAAGAUGGUGCAGAACCCAGCGCAAACUCCGUCUCAGCGCUGAACCUGCUGCGCCUUUCCCACCUAACAGGCAACCAAGAGUGGAUGCAGCGCUCUCAGAAACUACUGACUGCCUUCUCCGAUAGGCUCACGAAAGUGCCGAUUGCCCUGCCUGAUAUGGUCCGUGGCCUCAUGGCGCAUCACUACACAUUUAAGCAGAUAAUUAUCUGUGGUCAGCCUGAUGCAGAGGACACAGCCAGUCUCAUUGCCUGUGUCAACUCCCUAUUUCUUCCCUAUAAAGUACUGAUACUGGCAGACGGUAAUACAGAAGGUUUCCUCUACCAGAAGCUGCCUGUCCUGUCCUCAUUGAUUCAGCAAGAGGGUAAAGCCACUGCCUAUGUGUGCCAAGACUUCAGCUGUGCCCUGCCUAUUACAUGCCCACUGGAGCUCAGGAGAUUCCUGCUAGAGUAAUGACUAAAGUGACCUAUUAUAGUGGCAUUAUAGGAUGUCACAGGACUAUAGAGUCUAUAGUCACAGGGUAAGGGGUUUGGUGUAAGGUUGGUUGUGACAGUUAUAUUUAUUCAUAUGUGUUAUAAGAACACCGGUUAAGAAACAAUGGCAAAAUACUGAGGUUAUAAUGGAAAAACUGGGGUUCAUUAGAAAAUCUGCUCUGUAUUGCCUUUGCACUGUUAGACUUAAAUUCUAUACCCAAAAAAUAAGGUGAAAGUGCUUUGAAAUUUAAUAACCAAACCUGCUAGAUGCCACAGCAUAAAUUUCAGUUAUAUGUGUAUAAAAAACAUGUUUUCAUCAACCUGUCUGCACAAUGAAAUGGUUCUCACUCUGGUUUGAACACAUCCUGCUCUCCAACAUUAGAUUUCAAGAUCAAUUUUUCAAGCAACGAAACAUAAAAUGUGUACAGUACAUAAAACCCAGCUCUAGCUUGAAAGAACACUGAAAAAUCUCACAAAGUAGCAUUCUUCUAGCAUGCAGUCUGUGUUUUGUGUGUGCCUGCUGCUUAUUAUCUAUUGAUGGAUAGAAUUUUACAUGAAGACAUUCUCUUAGUUUGGGUGGGAUUCAUAAUUUAAAAGAUGCCUCAGGAGCAUAACUUGUAUUACUCUGAUACAUCUCCAGUUUCCUUGCACUGACACAAGCGUUGUUUAAUAUGGAAAGACAAAAUGAAGUCGUUUGUUCAAUCUCAUUCUUUCUCUAUAUUAAGGCCAUUCUGAAAUCUCUCAUAAUGUAUCUCAUCUGAUGUCUGAUCUGGACUUCAUGUGGUUAAUAUAAGCUUAGGGCUUUAGUGUGAUGUGAAUGGCAGACAGCAACACGGCUGUGAGUAUACCAAUGGAAACAAAUGAAAGGAAAUCGAAAACAAUGAAUAAAACUCUGGCAUUGUGUCUCUGCCACAGUUUUUUUUUCUCCAUAGAGACAGAACAAGAGGCAGGCAGAAAAUCUGCCCUACCCAUGAAUAAUCGCACAGAGAGUAGAACCAGACAAAUUUGAAAUCAGUAGGCGCUGAUUGUCAAUGCCAACUCCCUCCCUGGCAUCCCAGGAUCCACUGGGAGCUAUGUUUCCCAGUAAAAUGAGCUGGCAAGAAAGGUUUCACAAAAGAAGCAGGUAAGGAGGGGCUGUGUUCUAGUUCUGUCCUGUCCUCACUUCAGUCACUGCUCAUCAAGAAGCACUACAGCUCAGCUUUAUUCACAUUCAUCCUUAGCUGGUUAGAAAAAAGCUUAGCACUGUGCUUUCCUUAGUGCCUAUUCCUUUAGAAAUCUAAAAAAUUGUGAAAAAUUCUGUCUCAGUGUAGUCCACAGAGGAUAGGGGAACACACUUUCUAAUGCUGCUUUUUAGCCCAAAGUUUAUUUGCUUUUUCUUGCUUUUUUCUUCUUAAAGCAUGGGGUUUACUGUUUAAUGCAAAGCAUGCAGUCCAAGUCAGGACCAUAUUACUAAUCUGCAAGUCUGAAUCAAGUCUCUGAGCUGCAAAUCCAAUUCAAGUCCACCUGAAGACAUAACUUCUUCAGCAAUGGCAUUGUUCAUUAUCAAAAUAAUAAACAACUCUAAUAUGCAUAUUUCGACAUUCUUUCUCUUUGAAUAUAUCGCUUAAACAAACAGCCACCUAUUAGUCACGUUUUUAUCCUGGUCCCAUAUAGUAAUCUAUUUCUAUCACGACUCAUCUGCAUGCUUCCCACGCUGUCCUGGGAAGAGAUACAACAGUAAUAGUUCCCUAAUUGUAGUGUGUGUAGCCAGAAAGACAAAAUAAGUAAUAAUAAGCACCACUUAUUUUCUGUGUUUCUGUGAACUUUAGCUUUCUAUUCAUGCAUUCAUCCUAUUUACUGUAUAAGAAUAAACAAAAUUCCUUUAUAGCACAUUAUGGAUAGUUUUAGUUAGUUUGAUUUAAGUAUUUUAAUCUUUUAGAAUCUUAUGUAACUAAGUAUAAACUAAUACCAGCAUUUGAAAAACACUUCUGCUGGCAACAUUGAUUAUUUUUUUGUCCAGUGUUGCACUUAGUUACCAUGUUCAAGAGGCUUGUGUUGUCAUUUCCACCAUAUAUAGAUGAUGCAGUACAUAGUAAAAUGCAACAGCAUUCCUUGAGGACCCUGGUGUUACAUAAAGACAGAACUACAUAAGACAACACAAAACUAAGGGCUUAUAAAUAAUAAAAUGAAACUAUUCACAUGUAGAGCUGCAUGCUAAUAGCACUGUGAUCAUUUACUGUGUAAGGCAAUCAGUAAAAUGACAGACAAAACUGCGCACUAUAGAUUAGAAAAGAACGUUUGUCUUUAUUUCCACCAUGCUAAUCCAUUAGAGUUUUUUUUUUUUUGUCUCAGGCUAAAGUUGUGAAUCAAGUGUGACUUGAGUCAAUGACCCUUCCUUGAGAAUCCAUCUCUGCCUGGAAACUUCCAAGAUCUAUCUUCUUCUACCCAGUCUUGGAUCUUUGGAAGUGUAGGUCCCCUUGGAGAUCAUUAUUUUGAGGGGGUUUUAGAUAAGUGCCUCCUAGUCUUUAGCAGCGACCUGUGUAAUAAGGCCACAUGAGGCCUGGUGUACCUGGGGGUCAUUCCUCCAUCCUAGUGUAGGAAUGCAGCAGCACUCAGAGACUGAAAGCAUGUGAUACCUGUGUACCCCUUGGAUCCCCUGUGGGGAAAAAAUAUAAAAUUUCACAGCUGUGAAAAAAAUAGCCAAUAAAAUGCAGAUUGUGUAAUCAUUAAAAAUGUAGUAUAUAUUUUACAAUUUGUUACUCAGCGAUAAAUAAUUAGGAUUGUUGUUCACCAGCAAAGUGUACAUUUGUAUUUGUUCAAGCAUGCAAGCAGAGUGCCUUUAUAUAUCUUAACCAUAAUUAUUAGAUAUAAAUAUACAGAUAUUUUCAGUAGCACAUUAAGCAGGGCACAAAGCUGAAAGUACAGGAAGGAGCUGUGUGUAAUUGGUCUUAACUUACUAUAUGGCUUGGGCUUAGAGUUUUCAUGAAUUAUUUUCCCUUUUUAGAUAUAAAGCACCUCAUUUGCCUGACAUGUUACUUAUUAAAUUUACCCAUGUCUAGCAAUCUAACUGUUCUGAAAGAAGAGGGUGCUAUUACCCACAUCUCCUUUUUAUGUACAUCAUGUAUAUACAUAUAUAAAGAAUGUAGCUAAGAUGUAGUCUAGAGUCACGUGAUUUGAAUUGUGUUUAAAAUAGGGCUGAAACAUGUUCCCAAAGAUUGUUAGCUUCAAUUCUAAACACUGCACUGUUAUCAGCAAUAAUAAAAUUGCACAUGGUGAAAGGAUCACAGAUGGAGGUGCAACUCCAGUUUUUUUAAUAUUUCAGGCUAGAUGCAGAUGUACAUGUUUUUUUUUUUCAAUAUAAAAGCAGCACCAUGGCAUCUGUUUUCAUUUUGUGCCUCAGAGAGCUGGGGCAUGUGGUUUCCAGGCCAAACCUGAGCAUAGGAGGUGUCUUGGACAGUGCACUGCUUUUCAAAGGAGGUCCGGUCCCACAAGGUCUUUUGUGUGUCUCAACACAAACCAGUGUUAAUAAAUGCAUGUGUUUCAAAUGCCUUGAAAUGCAGAAUGAUAUCUAUGCCUCCCAUGUGUUUAUUGUACAGCCUUAUUGAAAAUAGCCUAAGGAUAUUGAUUAUAAUUAUUUUCUCUCUUGCACCAUUUCUGAGCCAAAACCUGUGGGGACUGACCAGUGCAGGAUGAAAAAUGUGGAUCAAAGAACUGUCUAACUAUAUGCAGAAUAUAGUGCUCAUCUUCUCUCCACCAGCAACAUGAAACUGAGGCUACAGUAGGCACAGGAUUAUCAACACCAUGGUUUUUCUCGCCAAGGGUUUUUCCAAUCUUUAUUUGUCCAGGAUUGGAAUCUGAUGUGGUUUUCUGCUGUUGUAGUCUGUCAGGCUCAUGGUUUGACAUGUUCUGAGAUGCUUUUCUGCUGACCAUGGUGAAAUUGCUGUCAGUUUCAUUCACUUGUACCUAGCCUAAUUUUCAAAAACUGGAGCUAUUAUGGAAGGAAAGCAAGGCAAGAAAACUGUCAUGUGCAAUUAAAGAAAUUAAACUCACCCACUCUGUAAUACAGUUCAAAAAGAAUCUUUCCCCCAAGCAAAGUUCUGCAAAACUCUUAUAGGUGCUAGAUGUUCCCUUACUUUCUCAAAGUGUGUUGUGUUCUUGUAAUGCUAUUUAUUUUGUCUCUCUGACAACACAAGUGCCUUUCUCUCUGUCAACAUUCUGACUUUUUGCAGUUUUGUUUGCAUGAGUGAGUCAGUCUUAUAAAAGGAAGGUUUCCAGCAGCGCCGAAUCUUCAUUAGACUUUGUCUAAUGCAGGCUUGAGAGCUUACAGAAUGACUGUUUAGGAGGUUGCACAGCCAUUGAUUUCUUCCUGUGUAUGUCUUGUGGCAUAUCGGUUGAUAAUCGGUGGGAUAUCUGCCCCAUAAGGAGGCAGUGGAACCCGCUGCUUAUGCCUUGUUGAUUACACAUCCAUAUUCUAUUGAUCUUUAUAGCAGGAAGGUACUGUAUCCCUCUCUCUCUCUCUCUCUCUCUCUCUCUCUCUUUCUCCCUCACACACACACACACACACACACACACACACACACAUAAAUUGACAUCAUUACAUCUUGGUCAUGAAGGAAACUUUAGAUCAGACACGUUUUAACCAAAAUGUUGCAUGCCAUAAAAUUUGCCUUUUUAUGGGAUGGUUUCAGAAUGAGAAUGAGAAAGGUAAUGCGUUGCUGAUAAGAGUUUUGAUACCACUUAAUACAACAGUCCAAAGGUUUAAUCUCCUGAAUCAUUUUCAUGUAUUGCUCUACCUUCGAGUUAGUCAUUGUCCUUACUGCUGGGUCAUCAAGCUACCCGAAUGCCAUUUGCAGAGGAAUGUUUCUGUCCCAGAUUUGUUUUUCCCAGGGGAUGCAAUUAGCCAUCCCUCUUGCUUGUUCUUGGGUACAAGAUCACACUCCACUGCAUGUAGCUAACCAGCUAAUGGCUAUUUGAUCAAUAGAGGAAAACAAGUUCUAAUUUAAUGUCUGAGUCACUACACUAGGUUUCAUUGAUUGUCCACAUGUGUCCAGAUCUCUUGAGAACAAGCACAUUAUUGACAGUAUUGAACCUUUGAGGACCACAACCUUAUAACUUAUCACGAUAAUAUGUUUAACAUCAAAGGCAUCUGCACAUGGCAAAGGGAAUGCAGAGAAUAAAUAGCUCUCCAGUGCUUCUUUAGAAAGCUUUCUAUAAGUUUACAAGUCAUGACUUGUAAAGGUUUAAAGUACCAAUAAUAAGGUAUAAGGUGGGUUCCUCUUUAACUGGCUAAAUGCUGUAUGACAGCAUAUAUUCCUCUGUUCCCUUUACUGAUGACCCAGCGUCAGGAGGCUGCAGCAGGUGGAGUGUAUGAUUUACCCUGCUGCACUGAUCUGAUUGUAGUCUUCGCAGUUGUCUUAUUUAGAGAUGGAGCUGAUAGAGCCUACUGUAUACCGAUGCCAAAGACAAGAAUUGCCCAUCAAUACUUAGAAGUGGAGAAGGUCGGGGACAAGGAGCAGAGCACAAACAUGGGGCAAUGUCUUUUCACUUUGUGUAAAUUCAAUUCGCUGAGCUGCCUGUGUUGUAAGAUGUGAAAUUUUAUAGCACCCUGAGCGUGUCAACUAGAGGGGAGCUAUCUGUCAUUUUAGCUUGGUCCUAACUGCUUAACACUGUAUACGAUAAUAAUUAGUUGCUGAUCAGAUGGUUGAGUAGCUCAGCACUUUAUGGCCAUUUAUGUUGUAUUAAACGGUUCUGCACAUCAGGUGCAGUUGUUGAAACUU